AUGCCGCCAGGUCGUAGAGGGGGCAAGGUCUGGGCCUACGCUGCCUUGAUUUUCGACAAGAAUCCUGAGAAGAACCUUCAGCAGCUGAACGCCAUGUACGAGGCCAACCCACGGAUACUGGAGGACGUCCACCGGGCAGUCCAGGGAGGCAGCGGCGAGGCGUUCCUGUGA